CAUAGAGGUAUGCCAAGUAGAGCCUAAGAGUUUUUAGGAUGCUGGGGUCUCUCAGUCUAGCCAACAGGUACCGUCCAUUUUCCGCAUCAGAUUUUUGGGAUAGUCGCACUACUGGAGGAGUCAUCGGAUCCAUAUUAUGCAGUCCAUCAUCAUGGUUGGCCUUCUCCACAAGUAUGAAGCUGACAUUUUCUUGCCCAAAUGACUUAGAUGCAGCUAUCGCAUCUUUAUCUGAACCAAUUUGAAGCAUAUUGAGCUGAUUUGAGACAGGUUUGGGAGUUAAGGUUUUAUUAGCUGCCGGUGGAGAAUUUAACGGUGGUAAUGGACUCAUCCUUCGUCCAUCCACUACAGCACCAGCCGGCCAUACGUUCGUCUCUUUUAGCUGGCUAAAAAGAUCCUUGUUUUGGACACCUACUUUAAAGCUGGAGUUCACACUGUCUUCAUUUUGCGUAAAGGGAAAACAUCGAAUAAAAGCAUUAGUCUGGAUCUUAUCUUUAACGUAGUGAGCGAGCCGGUUUACUGUAUAGUCAGGGGAAAUAUUAGAGACGAUUAGGUAAUGCCAUUCUUCCCUAGUUAUGGUUUUCUGAGGUGAAACCGUUAUUCUUUUUGUAGAGGGUGAAACUUCUGGUUCCUGAUCGGUCUGUAUAGAAAUGGAAAUGGAUCUUUUUGCUAUUGCUGGAAUGUAUUUAGGGAUUUCUUUUUCCUUAACUGUCAACUUUUCCAACUUAAGGGCCAUUUGAUUAAUACUCUUCCGUAAAUCUUCCAUUUCUUUGGCAAGUUCUUAUUUGGGGGAAUCAUGAAUCUGGAUCUUGACGGAUUCGUCGUGAUUUCCCAAAAGAAGUGAAGACAGGUUAAAGAGCUCUUGUUUCAUAUCCCUGAUUAAGUGAAACAUUGACUCUUGACCAUUUUCAGAUCUACUAUUGGCAAGCAAGUUGUGAAUGUCAUUCAUUUUCUCGAACAAAACCUUCCAUUUGGGAUCAUUUUGACUCAAGAUGUCAUAUAGUUCUGUAAUGACAGGGUAGAGAUCCGUAUUCUUUUUGAGACAUGAACCCAAAGCAUCAACAAUGUCUAAAGGAAUCUGCGCUUUUUGUAACUGUGAAACCUUGUCGUGAAGGUAUUUUAAAGUAGGAGAGUCACAAACAUUGCAGAAGAAUCUAAUGUUAUGGUACUUUUGAUUAUACAGUACCUUUGUUGUGGCCUUAUCCAAACCAGUACAGGACAUGCAAAAAUUUCGGCGACAUUCCCCGCUACAGCGAAGCUUAUAUUUUUCUUUCUCCAAGAUGGUCUUUUGACAGGAAUCACACUUAAAUUCAGCCAUAAUUUCUUAAGAUUGAUUUCAAAAAGUGUCCAAAUAUUUAAAUAACAAAUAUUGUUUCGUGCACGAAAACUAUUUGUAAAGCAGGAGACCGGAACUGUUUAUUAUCAAAUCACACGCACUGCGAAAACUUGAUGUUGUAGAGUUAAAGUUCAAUAAAUUGUGUUUUUAAGGUCAAGUUUAGGUUAAUAGGUACCAAUUUAAUCGGAAAUCAAAACUAAUGUUUAUACAGGAAGCAAAUCAAAACUAUUUAUACCGAAAGCACACGUACAGCAAAACUUCGCGUCGCGUCUGGUAAGGUCAAAAACAGAAAGUCUAAUCAAAACAAAUCAAAGUCAAAACAAAACUUAUCAACCAUCAGAGCCGACGAGCGAAGACACAACCGUCUCGUACGACUACCAAUGAUCGAAAGAAAUUAAGAAAUUUCUUAAUUUGUUAAAUUUGUUUGUUUUCUUAAUGAAAAAAACCAUUAAGAAAUACCUUAGCAUUUUGGUGUAUUAAAAUGGGAGGUCCAAGCAGAAUCAAUACUAGAGCCACAUCUGAAAAAUCGACCGAUUUGGCCGGAAAGAUGACAGAACUAGAAGCAAAGCUUCAGUAAGAUCUCGAGAAGUUGCGUGAGGAGUAUGCAUCUCAACAAAGUAUACAUAUAAAAUCCAACGAAGACAUACCUUUUAAAAAAAAACUUCGACUUUUUGAGGUAGAUAUAAAAACCUCGAUUACUUCGCUAAAGAAAGACAUUGCAUUGUUGCAAGACAAAGUCCAGAGCAAUGAACAGCGAAUUGACGAUAUUAAAAAAAUAAACAAUUAUAAAAAACUCAUAUUUAGAAGAAUACCCGAGCGGCGACAACCGUGACCAUCACAGCGACAUUAUUAAAUUAUUACAGUCAAACCUAAAUAUUCUCGGGUCCAAAAAUAAAAUUAGUUCAUGUUACCGGCUUCGUACAACCGCAUCUAUAAUAAAAUAUAAUAAAUAUAAUAAAAUUAGAAGGUCAAACAAUGCGUCCUAUUGUGGAAGAAUUUGGGUCUCAAUGGAGACGGGACGAAAUUUUUUUUGCAAAAAACGGUUACGCGGUACCAACUUUUUUAUAUGUGAGUUUUAUAGACCUGUAUCUAAAAGUGCGUGAAAAGUUUAAGAAUCAAUCAUGGACCUGCCGUGGUUAUUAAAAAGAGCGAAUGCUACAAAUUACAGUUUUGAGAAAAACGCACUAUAAUUCAAUAACUUAUUUAUUAAGUAAUAUUUUGGCUUGAUUUUUUUUAAAUGUUUUCCCCCAAACGUAUCUUACCCUUUGUUUAAAUAAAAGUUAAUUAACUCCUUUAUUUAAAUAAUAAUAUCAAAAAAAGCAAAGCGAAUGUUUCCUGGUUUUUAUAUUUAAGCCAACGUUCUUAGCAAAAAGAGCGAAUGUAACAUAAAAAGCACAUUCGCCCUUUUUAUUAAACAGUAUAUUGGUGGAAUUAAUUUCACCGUUUAAAAAAAAAAGAGCAUGUUCUUAGCAGUUCCGUUUUUUUUUAAAUAAUAUGAUGUCAUGCUUUCAUUUGGAUCUUUCUUUCUAUUUAGCAUCAUUUGUAGACUCAUGGCAUAGUCAGAAUGAUCUGGAAAGCUUAUCUUUAUUAAUGCUUUCCACUCUUAUUACCUGUGGUUAUAAUUUUUUUAGGCUAUGGUACCAGCUUUUAGCCAUUCCUAUAAGCCUUGACGACUGCAUAUGAUAGAUAGUAUUAAUCUUGUCCCACUGGUUGACAUCUUCAAAUUGGUCGACCUUAUUUAACCACUGCUGGGUAGUCAGAUUUGUCUUUUCGAAGAAAACUCUGGAAUACAAUCUGCCUUCACCUUAGGUCAAAUUGUACUGACCUUGCUAUUUUCGUCCUUUCGUUGAGCCAAAUUUUCAAUCAUUUUCUUCAAACGUUUGAACCGUUGUUUCGUUGUUUCCGGCUCAGGAGUUUCUACAACACGUGAUUCUGGACGUCUCCUUGAAUCAUCGCGUUUUCCUGAUUCCACUGAAGGUUUUCUUGAAUCACGCCUCGAUUUCAUAUAACGGUACCUCUCAUACUCACUAUCUGUUGAGCUAGUAGAAUGAGAGCUACUGUGGGAUCUCUUUCCCACUGUUGAGCCUUUUUUAUAUAAUACACUACAACUUAACUACUAUUUUUACUACUACUAUAAUUUUUAACUCUAAAACUUGUAUUUAAAAAUAAGUUAGGUUAGAAUUAUGUUUUUGUUUCAACGGUUUUUACGUAAUUUGCUUGCGUGUUAUUUUUGGGGAUUUAGUCGGCUCUCACGCUAAGGCAACCAGCUAUAAGCAAUCUGGCAAUAGGCAACACGCAAUUUUACAUUAAACUUGGGUUGAACCAAAAAUAUUGCUUGUUGCAGCGAUAUUAUUGCUAUAGCGAUACAUGCACCGUGAAAAGCGUUAAAUAUUGAGGUUUUGCAAAUAGUGCUGUGAAAAGUUUGCGCAUUAGACUGUUAGUACUGAUACUGAUAGUACUUAUUUUAUUUUAUUUUAUUUAUUUAUUUUAUUAAAAAGGCGUAAAAUAUUUGCGCCGUUCCAGGUUUUAUAAAAUUUUUUGUAGAAAUAGUGAAAAUUCUUGUGUCUUUGGAGUCGUCGAAUGACAUAAUGGUCAGAGAAUUCUGGCAAUACUGUUAUUGUUUUAAUGUGACAGGGAACUUAAAUAAUAUUGCGUAUUGCCUAUUGACAUUUUCCAAUUGCUUAUUGGUGUGCCUUAAUGUGAAAGCCACCUUAUAGAGGAAAAAUUUGUGAGAUUUUAUUAUUUAAAAAACUCUUAAUUGCUUUAAUUUUUUUUAAGUGACUGAAAUUAGUACUUAUAUGAUUAAAAUUUGCAAUUUACAUUUUAAGAAUUAAUGCGUAACAUGAUGCGUAAGGUAAGUAAAGAUAUUGGACAUAAAUAGACUUUCUUCAAAUGGAGACGAGUGUCAAAUCAAAGAUACAUUAAUAGCUGGCCCGCGUCAUGAUUCAUUAGUACAAGCAUCUGCUGAGGAAGUUAUAAUAUUAGAUUUUAUAGCCAAUCAAGGUGAACAAUAUCUGCAAGAUUUUGGCGAAAUUAAUUGCGUUAACAGCCUUACUGAAUUUUCUUUAGAUGAGGUCAAUAAUUCCAUGCACGGAUCGGAUCAUGAGAUAACUAAAGAAACGUUUAAUGUAGACCAGCUUGAAUGAAAUCAUGGUAAUGUCAAUGAAGAAACCGUUGAGGAGGAGCCAUUGGAUAACUGCACGUUAGCAGGGAACUCUGAUUAUGAAAAGAAAAAAGAUGAAAGCUUUAGCGAUUUUUCCCCAGACAAUUCUGAAUAUCUUCCUGGCACCAGUUCUUCAGAUUCGGAGAAAGAUACAGCAUCUAAUAAAGGAGAAGGUAUUAGUGAAAAUAAUUUAAUUGGAAUGGAGGAACAUCCAGAAGUAACUAGUAAACCUCGGAGGAAAAGAAAAAGGCCAGAAUUGUGGAAAAGAAAUAUUAGGAAAAAAAACAGAGAUGAGGGAAAAAAAUAUGAAUCAGUUAAAGGCGUUAUAAAACCUGCUGCUAAAAUGGGUGGUCCCUGCAAAAAAUCUUGUCGGCUCAAAUGUUUUGAUGUCCCUGAGGCUCAACGGCUUCAAAUCUUUAACGCAUACUAUGGGCUGGGCAACUACUCGCGCCAACGAGAUUUUAUUCUCUCUAAUUCGGAAAAAACCGAGAAAAAAAUUAGAACAACUCAGCACGAAUCUAAAAGGAAGUAUUCAAUCAGCUAUUUUCUUCCCGUUGUAUGCAAGCCCAUGUUUCUGAGUACUUUAGGUAUAAAAAAAGGCGUUGUUGACAUUGCUAUGGCAAAGCGAUCCAACAAAAAUAUUUCAGCUUCUGAUGGCCGAGGAAAGGGAAAGGGUAAAACCUUGAAUCCUACUUUAGUUCAAGACAUAAAGUCACACAUAGAAAGUUUUCCAUGUGUUCCCUCUCAUUAUUGCAGAGCUGAUAUUGAACGAAAAUAUUUGGAUUCUUUUUUAAAUUUGCCUACAAUGUAUAGGAUGUAUGUCCAGUGGUGUCGAAAAAAUGGAAGGCCAGAAGCAAAGUUAUCGACCUAUCGAAAUAUUUUUAAGGAUAACUAUAAUUUAGGAUUUGAUCGGCCAAGAAAAAUCCAGUGUCGAAUCUGUGUGGCUUUUAAUAAUAAAGAAAAUAUAACUGACGAGGAGGCAAAUGACUUUGAAGUACAUCAACAAUUAAAAGAAUCCGCCAGAGAGCAAAACGUACGGACAAACAAAUUGCCGUUACCAGUGAUCAAAUUGUUAGUUGCAAUUUUGACUUGGAACAAGUUUUACUUAGUCCUAGUGACCCCACGAACAAUGCCUUAUUUUACAAACAUCGAUUAGCCACUUAUAAGUUUACAAUUUAUAACGUUGGUAACAGAAAAGGAGACUGUUUUAUGUGGCACGAGGGCCAAGGAGGUAGAGGUAGUUGUGAAAUAGCGAGUCUUUUAUUUAGAUAUUUUAAAUCCCUGCCAAAUUCUGUAAAAGAAAUAAGGUGUUUUAGUGAUAGAUGUGAUGGACAAAACCUUAACAAGUACGUUGUUGCAAUGUGCAUGCAUGCAGUACAAGUAAUAGGCAAUUUAAAAACGAUCCAUCUAAAAUUUUUGACACCUGGUCACAGCGAAAUGGAGUACGACUCAAUGCAUUCCGCUAUAGGCACCAGGCGAUUGGAAGACUAUUGCCAGAAGUGCAAGGAAAAGGGGAGAUCAGCCCUAUGCAAUUCAUGACAUUCAGGGCAAUGAUUUUUUUGAUUGGAAGGCAUUUGCCAAUAGCCAGUUGACCAUGAGAAAAACAGAUAUUAAUAAUGAGCCUGUUUUAUUUCAAAAGCUCUGCUGGUUUCGCUUUA